CUUCAAGCUUUCAAAAGCUUUGAAACUACAAAACAACACAUUACUAGGGUUACGCUUUCUUUCCUUCUUUCCUUCUUUCCCCAUUCUGCCGAUGGACCCUCGAGGCGGUGAACCCCUUCCCGACGCCGAAACCAACCAUUUUAGAUCCUCUGACAAUCCCGAAGACGACAAGUCUAAUCCUCACACUGGCGAUGGCGCCAGUCCUGGCAAAAUUUUUGUAGGAGGUUUAGCGAGAGAGACAAGUUCUGCACAAUUUCUUGAGCAUUUUGGCAAAUAUGGUGAAAUUACGGAUUCUGUGAUAAUGAAGGACCGGAAAACGGGACAGCCUCGUGGGUUCGGGUUUGUGACUUAUGCAGAGCCUUCUGUGGUUGAUAAAGUAAUCGAGGACACUCAUGUUAUUAAUGGGAAACAAGUAGAGAUUAAGAGAACAAUACCAAAAGGAGCCGCCGGAAGUAAAGAUUUCAAGACUAGGAAGAUUUUUGUAGGUGGAAUUCCUUCAACUGUAUCCGAAGAUGAGUUCAAGGACUUCUUUACACAAUAUGGAGAAGUCAGAGAACACCAAAUCAUGCGGGAUCAUGCUACCAAUCGUUCCCGUGGUUUUGGGUUCAUCACUUUUGAAACGGAACAAGCGGUUGAUGAUCUCUUGGAGAAGGGAAACAAGAUCGACUUUGCCGGUGCUCAGGUGGAGAUAAAAAGGGCAGAGCCGAAAAAACCGAACCCACCCCCACCUCUAUCUAAGCGACAUAAUGAUUCUAGGAAUGCAUAUGGUGGCGGGUUCGGAGAUGGCUAUGGUAGAUAUGGAGGUGGUGGAUUUGGUAGUGGUGGUUACAAUAGAUCAAGUGGUGCUUAUGGGGGACGAGCUGGAGGUUAUGGGGCAUAUGGUGGAGGUGAUUUUGGUGGUUAUGGAGGUUAUGGUGGUGCUGGCACUGGUGGUGUAGGGCCUUACAGCGGAGAGCCAUCCCUUGGAUACUCGGGUCGUUAUGGAGGAAAUUUUAACAGAGGAUACGGCAUGGGAAGUGGCUACGGAGGCUCUGGUGAGUUUUACGGGGGAUAUGGUGCUGGAGCUGCUGGUGGUGGGUAUGGUAGUAGCUAUGAUAGUGGUCUUGGCGGCGGCUACGGUGGUGGUGGUGGUGUAGGUGGAAGUUCUUUCUACGGAAGUUUUGUCAUAUUUUAUGCGGCAGAAGUUCUCCUUGCUCUGGAGUAUCUUCACAUGCUUGGGAUCAUUUACAGAGACCUUAAGCCUCAGCAUGUUUUGGCAAGAGAAGAUGGUCACAUAAUGCUCUCGGAUUUUGACCUCUCUCUUCGAUGUUCCGUCUCUCCGACUCUCGUUAAAUCUUCAAACUCAUACCUGGAAUCGAAAAAUUCGGCAUACUAUGCUCAGCCUACAUGCAUUGAACCAACUUGUGUGAUGCAGCCUGAUUGGUCUGGGAACAGGCUAGCAACACUCUUCAAUGUUGUUGGCCAGCCAUUGAGAUUCCCAGAGUAUCCUAAUAGCGUAAACUGGGCACUCAUUCGUUGUGCGAAUCCUCCUGAAGUGCAUAAGCAAGCAAUGAUGGACUUUUCAGCCGCCCAAACCGACAUUCCAAAGGUACCUAUGAACGAUAAGGUUCCUGGUUUAGAUGUGAAGCCUUGGGAUUCUAGCAACUUCUCUACUAUUUCUGCCGUAAGACGAGGCGAAGUUCUGCUUCACGCGCGAUGA